AUGGGAACUGAAAAACUGAAGGGACGUCACGAAGUAGAGGGUGCAGAGCACGAAGAAAUGGUAGGAGUACAACAGGAUGACGAUUUGGACGACGCUGCGCAAGCUGAUGCCAGCAAGCGGCAAAAUGGCGGUGAGAAAAAGCAAGAGCCAGCAAAAGCGGCAAUAAAAGCAGAUGCCGGUGGGACGGGCUUUUUUCUGGACCUGUCAGCAACAGACCUGGAAGAAAAUUUUGAUUUGAAAGAGUCCUCUUCAAAAGCCAUGGUGAAGGAGAUUGCGGCAGCGCUGCGUGAGUCAAAAAAGAAAGCGAGUAGCAAAGUUGCAGCUUCAGCAGUGAAAGAGACGAACGCGAAUCAUGCUAAGCGCAAGCCCAGCCUCGAUCUUGAGCUCGACAUCCCAGGAUUGGAAAGCGACGACGAGGAAAACAAGCAGGCAAAGACGGUGUCUUUGCAAGUGGGGGCAAGCGGAGCAGAUUUUGACGUCAUUGAUUCAGGUAAGAACGCAUCCAGUUCAUCCACCAUGAGUGUCGAUUUGACGAAUCACACGAACUUGUCGCACCCGACACCUACUAGCUCUUCCAAGACAUCAGUUCGGAGCACUGCCACCGCGUCGAGUGCGCCCAGUGACAAGCCUAAAAGCAUCUCUUCCGGUGGUGCCGUCCCGUCCUCUUCUUCCGCACUGGAGCCGCGGUCGAACCUUCCUACUUCCAGCGCUUUCCACUCCAAGAAGCGAGGCAGGAGUCCAGCGGAAGGGACCCAGCAGCCCGUUUCCGCCUCCGCCGGCAACGACGCUAAGGAUUCUGAGCCCGACCGUCUGCAAAAACUAAGUUUGUUCGAGAAAAGCACCCGUCAGCGGAUGCACGUGCGUGCCUAUUUCGACUACGAGACCGAUCCAGUGAAAACGCCGAAGAAGGAGGGAAAGCAUAGGGAACCAGCGACUUUUUUCUGGUUCAUGUUUGACCAUCCGCUUAAGGACACACUGUUGUGUCGUGGAACGGUGAAGAAGGACCUGCUCUCUCCUAGCACGCUGGAACGAAUUUCGCAGGGACAAGCUGUUGAUCUGCAGGUAGUCCCGUGGAUCGACGAGACAAGGAAAAAAGCGUCCUCCAUCAAAUUGGCGUCUCGUUAUGCGAAAAAUGAUACGUACAGGUUGCGUGAGAUAGGGAGUGCGAAGAGCUAAAAAACUACAUCUUAAUAUUACCCGCCCCAUCAGCAUUGACAAAGAAAAGCGACCGAGUUAGAAAUAUCGAAACGUUCCAAACUGACACUCACAUCACAUUGAGUACCGCUAUGUACAUGUAUCAAUACGGCACAAAUACAACACCUGCGACAGUGCACGACGCUAAAUGGGGCAGCUUCAUCAUGCUGUGUUCGCGAUGCCGAAGCAUGAUCUUUCACUUUGCUGUCUUGGGCUAAAC